UUUUUUUUUUUUUUGUCUCUUACGCCAAGUCGGUUACGUUACGUACAUCUUAUUGCAUCCUUGCACGAUCACGACUCCAGAGGCUACUUGAUUUCGUCAAUUCUCACCUCAAUGUCCACUACAACUUGAUUUGUUGACCGCACCCACUUCCACCUUCCACCUUCCUGUUUCCUGUUUCCUGUUUCCUGUUUCGCAGUGAACAUGGCCAGAACUUAUGCAGACGUAAAUGAUGCUUUGGGGCGUCAAUGGUACGAUUAUGAAAAUUUUACUAUUGAGUGGAGCUCUCCAGAGCGUUAUGAAAUCAUUGACCGCAUAGGAGGGGGGAAGUACUCUGAGGUCUUCAAGGGCAUUGAUAUGGUGAAUUCGGACAUAUGCGUAAUCAAAGUUCUCAAACCAGUGGUCGAUAAGAAAAUCAAGCGUGAAGUGAAGAUCUUGAGGAACCUUACUGGGGGACCCAACAUAAUUGCCUUGCUCGACGUCGUUCAAGACCAGACAGGCCGAUACCACAGUUUGGUCAUGGAAUAUAUAGAGAAUGUGGAGUGGAAAGCAGCCCUUAUCCUCUUCACGGAAGUCGACAUUAAGUAUUAUAUCUUCCAACUUCUGAAGGCAUUGGAUUUUGUUCAUUCCCGCGGUGUCAUGCACCGUGACGUGAAACCAGGAAAUGUCAUGAUCGAUCAUCGAUGCCGCAAGUUGCGGCUUAUUGACUGGGGGUUGGCCGAGUUCUAUCAUCCCGACAUUGCAUACCAUAUCCGUGUUGGAUCUCGAUACUACAAGGCCCCCGAGUUGCUUGUUGGAUACAAGAUGUACGACUAUAGUCUUGAUAUAUGGAGUGUGGGAUGUAUGUUUGCAUCAAUGUUGUUUAAAAGGGAGCACUUCUUCCGUGGUUCAGACAAUGACGACCAACUACUACGAAUAUUAAGGGUCCUCGGAACAAAUUCCUUCGAUUCCUAUUUGAAGGUGUACGAUAUCACGUUUAAGUCUUGCCACGAGGCUCUCCUGCAGGAGUAUCCGAAGCAGCCAUGGACACGUUUCACUGCCCCGGAUUAUCGACACCGUGACCUAGCUACAACCGAGGCCUUGGAUUUACUGGAGAAAAUGCUUCGAUAUGAUCACCGCCAACGGUUAACAGCGCGAGAAGCUCAAAGCCACGCGUAUUUUAACGUGGUCAGGUUAGAAGGGGCAUCUCACAAGGGAGGCCUCGGGGAGUAUGUAAGUGAUUCUGGCUUCUGCUCUAUGUAAGAGGCUGGGGGUCCUCGGUUGAGUCGAGAUAGGUGCAUUGGGGAUCUGUAUGAUCGCAGGUGUACUGUAAUAGUAUUUGUGAAACGCGGGUGAUAUCCAAGAUUGGCAGUGUUGUCAUAUUCACGGAACACAUCAGGGAUAUCCAUGAUCAUCGG